UGGCCCGCCUGCGCGAGCUCCGCGCCCGCUCCCGGAUCCUGCUGGCGCUGGGCGUCUCGCAGAUGGCGCUGGGCUGCCUCAUCGUGGCCGUCAGCUUCGCCGCCCUGGCGCUCACCACCUCGGCCCGCGUCCGCCACUCCUGCCCCUUCUGGGCCGGCUUCUCGGUGCUGCUGUCCGGACUGAUUGGUGUGGUCUCUUGGAAAAGGCCCCUGUCCCUCGUGAUAACGUUUUUCAUGCUGCUGUCAGCAGUCUGCGUGAUGCUGAAUUUAGCUGGCUCCAUUCUCUCCUGUCAAAAUGCUCAACUAGUGAACUCUCUAGAAGGGUGUCAGUUGAUUAAAUUUGACAGUGACAGUGUCUGUGUGUGCUGUGAGUUGCAACACCAGACUUCUGGCUGCAGCCUUGGGGAGAUGUUGAAAUUGAACCCACUGCAAGAGUGCAACACGGUCAGGUUGACCCUUAAGGACCUGCUGUUUAGUGUUUGCGCUCUCAAUAUCAUCUCCACCAUUGUGUGUGCAUUGGCAACGGCGAUGUGCUGCAUGCAGAUGGUCUCCUCCGAUGUUCUGCAAAUGUUCUUGCCGCAGAGGUCUCAUUCUGCAAAUCCAGACUGCAUGACCCCUCAUGGGACUAUCCUGCACCAGACGUUGGACUUUGACGAGUUUAUUCCUCCCAUCCCACCGCCACCUUAUUACCCACCGGAAUAUACCUGCACGCCAGCCGCAGAGGCACAAAGGGCUUUUCACUUGGACUUUCCACACUCUUCCUUCAGCGCCUUAUACGAGGUGACCAUCAACAGCCCUGGCAUUCUCUACCCAGCCGAGCUGCCUCCCCCUUACGAGGUGGUCGUCGGACAAGCUCCAACUAACCAGGUCACCAAUAUGGAACAGCAAAUCACAGAGUCCGACUUGGCAGAGCAAAAUGCAGCAACAGGUUUCAACUGCCAAGGUAGUUUCCACUACUCUCCAUGUGGUCUUAUAGGAAGAGGGGCAAGAAACAGAAGUUGCUCCAGCCUGAACAACCGCAAGUUAACCCAGACGUGCUUGCCGGACUCUCCAGACGAUGAGGUCAAUGGCCACAGCCAGACCACCAUGGACCGGCCUCGUAGCAGGACAUGCUCUCAUAGCCGGCUCUCAAACUGUUCCUCAGAGAGUGUUGGUGUUUCUGAGAGAAACUGUUUGGACUUGGCCAGAGAAGACAAAGCCACUCCCUCAUCUAAGCCACUGAAGAUGUGCUGUGGGGUCUUCAGCCAGCCAGCUGCCCCACAGACUCCCUGCACCCACUGCUCAGUGCCUGUAAACAGUUUGCCCCACAGAUGCCUCAAGAGGACGGCCCAACAGAGGGCAAGGAAAAACGCCAUUUGCAACAUUGUCCGAUCCACUAGUGACCCGUUGUCCUGUUCAGCUACUACAGAAGUUCCUGUGUCUAGUCCUCAUGUGGCUGCCUCUACUUGCCAGGACCCUGGGAAUCGACUUGUGCCAACCGGAAAGCCAAGGGGCCGCCCAAAAGCCGAACUUUCCCAGAAGCCAAAGGUCAUCCUGAGCAUCUGCAAAGAGCGGCCCCAUUCCUUGGUGGACCUGCAGACCUACAAGGACACUAAGAUCCUGGUGGCCAAAUUUUUGGAACAUUCGAACUGCAACUUUACCCCAGAAGUCCGUCACGUGGUCAACAGCAUCCGGUCUGUCAUCAAGUCUGAUGAACGGCAUAUGGAAGAAGCCAUCUUUAGCGCCAACGUCAUUGAUCAGGUCAUCAUGGGCUCCCAGCAGAAUGUGGAUCCCUCAAGAAAGCGACUUCAGGAAGACCUCCAUCUCCAGAGCUGUGGAGCCCUAAGCUCUCCUGUUGCCUUCUUACACAGGGCCCCCGUCACGCAUGCCUUUGAAAGAGGAAGGCCCCACAGUUUAAUCGAAGUGUGCCGAGAGACCAUCCUUUGACAAUGGGCCUUAAUGCAAACUCUGCAAAAGAGAUUCUGGGGAGCUGGGUAAUGGGUGGAGAUUCACCCCCUCUUCCACGGCUGUCUUGGAAGAAACAAGAGGAAAGUCAACCAGGGUCUCUGGAAGAGUUUUCCUCUUGUAGAGUUCUACGCUAGAUUUUUAUUCCCAGGGCUGAGCGCUCAACUCUUCAUGACUGCAUAUUCAACCAAGACUGUUUUAUGGGGAAAAAAUUGCUUCUUAUUUAACAAUGAAACAAACAAACAGAAAACCCACCGAAGCGUAUCUUUUUCUCCUCCUACCAAGGAAUUUGGUUUUCUAAAGGGUCUGUCUGGGGAGUAAGGGAGACUGGGGAGGGCUGGGGGGUAGAGUGGGAUGGGGCGAGGGAAGGAAAUAAACUUUCUUGCUGAGCCGCAGUGAUCCUUCUGUACAAUGUAGGAGUUGCGUUUUAAUCAUUGUACCUCAAAAGUGUUUGCACCAAAUCUGAACAGUGUUUUCAUAAUUAAAAGGGUAUUUCUGGAGACGA